AGGGAGCGACGGGAGGCACGGGGACGUCAUCCUCAGGUUGGAGGCGACCGGCAUUUAAGUUUAGACUUCAGUCGGCACCCGCGACUCACGCAGCACGUUACGAGCCGCCGUAACGAGAAUCGGACCCGCGUGUUUUUGUUGUUGUUCGAUCAAAAUCAUCGUCAGGAUCGAUCGGACGGUCGAUCGCGGCCUCGACCGCCCACCCGCAGAUCCGGCGCGGAAAUUGGGAAAACCCGGGGGGGGGGAUCGACUGUGUAUCUCGAAACGUAAUGAUAAUUGCAAGAGUAAGAGCGUGUUCGCCGGAGUAUUUAUGAUUUCAUUAGUAUCAACGUCUCAAGUGAAUUCGCCUAUGUAAUUUUCAUUACGUUUUGAGAUAUACAAUCGAUCCCCAGGUGACACGAUCGAUUGGUGGGCGCGCUCGCUCGCUCGUUCGCGGACAUACACGUGUGCGCGUCACGAUGAUAAUGAAUAACGACGACGUCGGUGCACACAGUUUACAUUGUCAAUUGCAUCUAGUGUAGAGUCGCGAGUGGUGCGCGAAUCCGGCGGGGUAGUGUCGGUUUUCCGCUGGUCAAAGGCAGUUCUCGUCGGCCAAGUUCUCUUCCUCUCUCUCCUCGCCAAUUGAAAAUUGCCGCUCGGCUGCAUUAACGCGCAACUGGGCGAGCUCAGAGAGAACACACACACACACACACAGAUAGGAUGUACGGUUGAUUCUCGGCUACCGGCUGCCGCGCACGAUCGAGCUUCUCGAGCCGGGGGGUCAACGCGUCUCUCGGAGGAUGUCCUUUCGAAGAUCACCCCCGAGGAAUGAGGUGGACGAGCGCAACCCUCGCGACGAUCGCUGGAGCGGGCCGGCGGCCACCCCGCAGCAUUUCGAAAGUCCGGAUUUUUCCUAGCGCGCGACGGCCUCGAGGCGGCCCUCUCGUCGGCGUACUCCCCUUCUCCGUCGCGGUACCACGCUAUCGGGAGAGACCUCCUCUCUCUUUGCCGCGCGUUUCGCAUUCCGCUGCUUCCCCGUCAGCUUCGGCGCCCGGUGCGAGACGGUCGGCGAGAGCACCACCCAGCCACGACGACGACGACGACAAUAAUAACAACAACAAUAACAGUGACGACGGUGAGAACGUUGUCGCGCGUUGACACGUCCGGUUCGCGACACCGAUGUUCGCGAUACCUUGCGGCGACGAGAGGUGGUGGACAUAGCGUGCGGUCGAUCGAUUUUUUCCCAGUGAAAGGAAGCGGAAGUCUCGAACCGCCGGCUUUUCGGGGAAGAUGGGUGUUCUCCUGCUGCCGGACGGUACGCCGCAGCCGCGCAUCAGCCUGAGCGCGGGCAUCGACGUAGUCGGCGUAGUCGGCGAGGCGAACAACAAUGUGAGCGGCCUGACGGACGCGAAUAGCCUGGCGUCGCCGCAACCACCGCCGGCGACGACGACGCCGGCGACACGGCUCAUCGGUAUAAUCAACAUCGUCGACGACGGAGAAGAACCGCCGCGACGCAGCAACGAGUGGAUGCCGCCCCCGCCGAAGAAAAAGUGGAUACGGCACUAUUUGCUCGAGGAAGAUCCACUAGAAAGGACGAGUCAAUCGAUCAUUUCUCGGGGAAACGCUGUAAUAUCCUCCCGAGUCACGCCGACGUCGGCCGGCUCGAACUCUUUGUCUGCGCUUCAUCCUACAUCCCAUCAUCACCAUCACCAACAUCAACAGCAGUCGCAGCAGCAACAACUUCAGCAGCAGCAGCAGCAACACCACCAACAGCAGCAGCAGCACCACCACCACCAGAGCGAUCACCAUGGCACACACAAUCAAUACAUGGAGAAUCACAAUCCGAAUCAAACGCAGCAAAACACGGGCAACCUUGUCGUCGACAUUGAAGCUAGCCACGACAAUAAAAAACAUCGGACCGGACCCUGCGUAAUCCGAUCCGGCACGAGGGAGGUGCACAACAAACUGGAAAAGAAUCGCAGAGCGCACCUCAAGGAAUGCUUCGAGAUGUUGAAAAAGAUGCUACCGGCGCAAGACGAGAAGAAGUCUUCGAAUCUCUCCAUCCUUCACGCGGCGAACCAAUUUAUACAGGCACUGACGAAAAAGGAUCUGGAUAAUCAACGAGAGUUGCAGAGGCUCGCGGAAGAGAAAAUCGCUCUGGAGCAAAGAUUAGAGAUGCUGAAACAGGAGGCUAUGUCGAUCUGGGAACACCUUGAUUUCUCUCACAUCGACGCUCUUCUGUCGAGAACCGGAGCGGGUGACAUCAUGGUCAUUAGAAAUGUUUCAGAAAAUCCGGACGUCGAAAUUACUGGGCUCCCUCAGGGUGGCACGAGGUAUAGCAGCACGAGCAGCCUGAACAGCGUUACUGCUAGUUCCCCGCAAGCGCUGCAGUCCCCUAACGCGACUUCCAACAUCCACAAUCAAGCCGCUACCGCGAGCAUCGUUUGUCAAACGCAAGAUCUGAAUCUUGCGCGAGGUUCCAGGGAGAGUCCACCAGCCAGUUCAACUCCCGCAUCAUCCACACCCAGUAUUCCCACACCGACGCAGGAGAAAAUCACGACGUCACCAACCGCUAGUAUAGUACAACAACCACAUCAGCUCCAUCUGCCAAUCAGCGCACAGAUGUUAAAUACGAGCCAAGGUCUCGCAACGAUCGUGCCGACACUGCAACACAUCGGGCCGGGUCUUCGAGUGAUACCAGGUGAUACGAGGCAGCUUCUUGUCACUCACACCGCCGGUAACAACGAAUCCAGGCCGUUGACGUUAGCAGUGCAGAACUCUUCGGAUCAGUCCAGGCCGCUGAUUGCUGUGCAAUCCAACACUGGGAAUGAACCGAGGCCCGUGGCGUUAGUCGUUCAUUCGUCCACCGCCAGCGACAAUCGGGUGACGUUCGUACACUCGAAUCUGUCCAACAACGACCGGCCGUUGGCCUUGGCUGUGCAGUCGUCUGCCAGUGAUGUUCGGCCUGUCACAUUCGUGCACUCAGGGAACGAAGCGCGACCGCUGGUUCUCGCCACCCAUUCCCCCGCGCUAAACGUGUCGAAUGCCCAGACGAGAAUCAGGGCCGGUGACGCACAGACCACGCAUAAGAUGGUCGGCGGCGUGACGUUGGUCGGCGGUAACGGUUCUGAACUGGCAAGACUCCCCGGUGGCGCGGAGCUGAACAUACUCCCGGCGAACGGACUGACGUUGAGCCACGCGGGCGUGUCGCUGCAAACCGCAGCGGCGAAACCAGGCUCGACGACGGUGAUGCAGAACGUACCGUCGACCGAGAGUAUAGCGCACAUCGUCGGCCAGCACACGCCGCUGUCCGGCCUGACGCCGAUCGUCACGCCGAUGACGGUCGUCUCCCAGGGUAACCAAGUGACUGCUCACAUCCUGGCGCCAUCCAGCCUCGCGGGAAAAAUGAUCACCACCCCGAUUCUCAAGACCGUGGGUCAGAUGCCGCUGGUGAAUGCUCAGUACCUUAACACCACCACGUUAGUCAAACCGGUUGUUGUGGUGAGCUCGCCUUCAACGUCGACGCCGCCGGUCUCGACGACCGCUUCCUCCAAUACGCAACCUCCCUCGACCUCGCACUCGACCGUCUGACAGAAUCACGGGAAGGCGAAAUUGACCUGAUCAUCGCGCUGGAAUAUCAAAAUGGUGGUGGUGGUCCGCCGCGACAUUGCUGCGCCGUGCACCGUCUCCACGUUCAACCGAAGUAAAACCACGUUCUGUUGUGUCUUUUCAUUGGUUAGACGAGUUGCUUAGUGGGGUGGAUUAGCGACGAAUUAGCGAUGCGAAGAAUUAAACGAUUAGCUAAUCAAAAUUGCGCGCCUUACACGCAACAAAGAAUCUUACGCGAUGAUGGUGAAUAUAAUACCUUUGUCCAUCGUGCUAUUUCUAACAUUUGUUGGAAUUUUACAAUUUUGAAGCUUCAUCGGUCAUCGAGUCCCCGAAUCAUCGGGGACCGAUCGAAUUCGAAGUUCGAGUUCUCUUUUCGAAGAGAGUGAAUCUGACUGAAAAGAUACGUGACCUUGCUCAACUCGUGUACGACUAUACGUCGGUAUGAUUUUAUCGAAGGAAAGGACGUUCAUCGCGGAAAUUCAAUGUAAACAAAAAAAGUUGAACGGCUCAUUUUUAUCAAGGCAGCCUGCAAGCGUCGAAAGCGAGAGAGGAAGCUUUCGCGUGUCGCACUCAGGCGUCAUGGAAAAACCUGAUGCUUUUAAAACACACGUUACAAUAGCACGUUUGACGAAGCCCAAAGCUUUAACUCGUUAAGCUUGUCCGGUGAUUAUGGAAAUUUAAGCGUGUCGCAGCUAUAAGCAAUAAUGAUUGUGCUUGGCAUAUCAUCAUUCUUCUGGUAAAUGUACAUUGUGUUAUCAUUUUGUCAUAUGUCACGAUCGCGCGAGCUUCUUUUCCGUACACCUUGACAAACAUCUUUUGGCGAGUAUUUUACGUUCUCCCGUAUAUGCUUUCCCUUACAGACGAAGAGAAAGGAAACUUUGGCUAAAUAAUUCAGACGGACGUCCCCUUUCGCAUAACUUUUAAAUUUCUUGACUGUUGCACGAGAUUGACGUAUCGACCGAUUGACGAUCGCGACCUUCGUCGCGAUCGAACAAAUAUCGCAAAGAACGGCAUAGCCUGCUACGUUUAGACUGAAAUUGAAAGACGAAAGACGGAACCUGAGUAGUUUAUACACACAGUGGCUGUGGAGAAAAUGGAUAUUGAAUUCUAUAUUUAGGGGUCUAUAUUUACUUUUGACAUUUCGAUGGCAAAAACGAAGAAUUCUGGAUAUAUUAGCGUGGAUAUUGGAAACUAUAUUGAAUGAUAAAGAGAGUCCAGGAGACAGUAUAUAGGUUACGUUUGUAAUAAUACUUUUAAGUAUUUAUUCGUCUGUGUAUUUAUUAUGUUACGUAUAUAUAUAUGUAUAUAUAUAUAUAUAUAUAUAUACAUAUAUAUAUAUAUAUAUAUCGCUAUUUCAUCCUCGGUUUCUGCACUAUAUGAGUCUGUAAUUUGUAGUAUCGCGCGUUAAUUUC